CUCCGGAUUCACUCCUUAGGUGUGUUUGCCUACUUGUCCCUCCCUGCCUCAGAUGCUCCAACUCCUCAACUCUCAGGACCUUGGGGUGCAGCUCACAGUCUCCCAGGCUUCUGAGCCCCAGGUUCCGCCAUGGGUACUUCCAGCACCUUCCUCUACAGCCUCUUCCUCUGUGGGGCUCUGGGCCUCGCCACUUCCCCUGCCUGGGGGCGGCUCCAGUGUUAUACCUGCAGCUUCGCCAAACCCUGCUACCCGAUUCCUACCCAGUGUCAGGAAAAUGAAGUCUGUGGCAUCAGUGUCGGCACCUCAGAUCAGAAUGAGAUCAUCCAGCGGAAAGGCUGCCUCCCACGGGCCGAGUGCUCGGUGCCUGGUCAUACCACCUACUGGUUACGCUCCUAUGAUCUGCGACACCACUGUUGUGAGAAGGAUCUGUGCAACGCUGCCAACAGCCUGCAACGGCUCCCCAACCCCCUCCUCACUGCCUUGCUUUGCCUCCUGAUCAGCCUCACCUGUGGAGGUCACCUCCUCUUCUAGCCUCCUGCCCUCAGCCCAGAACUCCUCUCCCAACCCUGCUCCCAGAAACACCCACUCACCACUUUGACGUACUCCCAAGAACCUGAUUUUGUACAGAGACCUCCCACCUUUACCCAACACCUUCACAGAUGCCUCCCUGACUCCUCUGGACAAUGUGCCAGCCCAGAGGCUAGCCUCCUAAAGAACACGUGACCCAUGUCUUCUGCCUUUCCUAGAUGCCCAUUGUGGAUGGUCUUGCCCAGUCCCAGAUCUCUAGCAACGCAAAGACUUCCAAUGGAACUGGAAGUCCCAGGAUAGGGAAUUGCUAGGAAAGAUGCUUGUGGGUAGGUCAGGACCCUGGGAAGGAGGAUUCAGGGGACUAGCAAGAGCAAAUUUAAUAAAAGUGCU